GAUUAGAUAUUUGGAGUCAUAAUUUUAGGUCCAUUGUUUAUGCUAAGCCUUGAUGACACAUUUGUAUUUAUGGCCUUGAAAGUAAAGCAUAUAGAUUGCUCUGAGCAAAUACUGUUCAUUUACCUCCAGUCUUUGAUUGUUAUUGCGUUGGUAUUAGUUCACUGGACAACUAUGCAGCUCCACAAAGCAUACCAGGGUUGGAAAGUGAAGCAAUAAAGCCAAACUUUAAAACCAAUUAUGGGUGUUCAGGUAGCACUGGCUUUCUUUUUUAACAAACACAUACAUGUAAAGUCAUGCAGAAGCAGCAAUAGCUUCAAAUGACAACAGCACAGAUUUAAGUUUGACUGGUUUUGUUCAGUAAAUCCCCUGUUAUAAACUUUUUUUGGUCCUCACUUGUCUCAAAUAUCCCUAAUUGUUCAUUUUUAUCAAUUUUUUUCUCUUUUUUGGUGUAUUAUCCAUUACUUUUAUAUCUACAUUACAGUUUUAAACAUAUCCAAUGACGCAGCUGAAUUAUAUCAGGUGUUGAUUAGCACCAAUCAACAGCAGCUGCAACAUUUCCAUCUGUGUCAAUCACUGUCAAAUUCACAUUGGUCUCUAAGUACCUGUUUACACUUAUUUGGAGUAAUGUGCGUCAUUUUAUCCCGCAAAUCGGUGUUUUUACUCAAUUUCUAAUAAAAAUAAGCACAGGAACCAGAAUUUUUAGGAUUACAGAAUUAUAUAAAUAAGGCCCGGCAAUUACUAGAGGGUUAAACAACCAUUCUGGUUUAAUAAAAUGGACCUCUGUGCUUUCUCUAACCGUCUGUCUUUUUUUUUUAUAGCCAGUUACUCCUGUUUUAUCCUCCCCACCCCACUCACUCACUUUCCCUCCUUCUUCCUAGAGGCUUUGUUUCACCCCGAUAGGCUUGGUGGGAAUAAAACCUGGAGCCUUGGAGUUGGGAAGGACAUUCUGGAGCGAGAUGGCAGGGGGGACAGUGGCUGUUUACCUGUGUGGAGCGCUUCUGCUGGCUCUGUGGAAGCCCUCACUGCAAGGAGGUGUGUACAUCCCAGCUGCUGGGGGAGCUGGACCUGGAUUUGGGCCUGGUGGGACUGGGACUGGAUUUGGUCCUGGAGGAGCUGGACCUGGAGGGACUGGUGCUGGGUUAGGAAGUUUUGGACCAGGAGGAUAUGGUGGACAAGGAAUAGGUGGUUUGGGGCCAGGAGGAGUUGGUCCAGGAGGAGUUGGUCCAGGAGGAGUUGGACCUGGAGGAGUUGGACCUGGAGGAGUUGGUCCAGGAGGAGUAGGACCUGGAGGAGUUGGUCCAGGAGGAGUUGGUCCAGGAGGAUUUGUUCCGGGAGGUGUUGGACCUGGAGGAGUUGGUCCAGGAGGAAUUGGUCCAGGAGGAUUUGUUCCAGGAGGAGUUGGACCGGGAGGUGUUGGUCCAGGUGGCGUUGGUCCAGGAGGAAUUAGACCAGGUGGAGUUGGUCCAGGUGGGGUUGGUCCAGGUGGGGUUGUUCCAGGAGGAGUUGGACCGGGAGGAGUUGGACCGGGAGGAGUUGGACCAGGAGGAGUUGGACCUGGAGGAGUUGGACCGGGAGGAAUUAGACCAGGAGGAGUUGGACCUGGAGGAGUUGGACCAGGAGGAGUUGGACCUGGAGGAGUUGGGCCUGGAGGAAUUAGACCAGGUGGAGUUGGUCCAGGUGGGGUUGUUCCAGGUGGAGUUGGACCAGGAGGAAUUGUACCAGGAGGAGUUGGUCCAGGAGUUGUUGGGACAGGUGGGAAACCACCAAAAACAGGUGGCUAUGGAAGAUAUGGAGGUGGUUAUGGACCUAAACCACCAAAAACAGGUGGAGUUGGAACAUCAGCUGGAGGGACUGGUUUAAGGCCAGGUGGAACUGGAUUUGGUCCCGGUGGUGGAGGGUUUGGGCCAGGAGGAACUGGAUUUGGUCCGGGUGGUGCAGGGGUUGGGCCAGGAGGAACUGGAUUUGGUCCUGGAGGUGCUGGGGUUGGGCCAGGAGGAACUGGAUUUGGUCCUGGUGGUGGGGGGGUUGGGUCAGGAAAAACUCGAUUUGGUCCGGGUGGUGUAGGGGUGGGACCAGGAGGAACUGGAUUUGGUCCUGGUGGUGUAGGGGUUGGACCAGGAGGAACUGGAUUUGGUCCAGGUGGUGUAGGGGUUGGGCCAGGAGGAACUGGAUUUGGUCCUGGUGGUGCUGGGGUUGGGCCAGGAGGAACUGGAUUUGGUCCUGGUGGUGCUGGGGUUGGGCCAGGAGGAACUGGAUUUGGUCCUGGUGGUGCUGGGGUUGGGCCAGGAGGAACUGGAUUUGGUCCUGGUGGUGCUGGGGUUGGGCCAGGAGGAACUGGAUUUGGUCCUGGUGGUGCUGGGGUUGGGCCAGGAGGAACUGGAUUUGGUCCUGGUGGUGCUGGGGUUGGGCCAGGAGGAACUGGAUUUGGUCCUGGUGGUGCUGGGAUUGGGCCAGGAGGAACUGGAUUUGGUCCUGGUGGUGCAGGGGUUGGGCCAGGAGGAACCGGAUUCGGUCCUGGUGGUACAGGGGUUGGGCCAGGAGGAACCGGAUUCGGUCCUGGUGGUGCUGGGGUUGGACCAGGAGGAACUGGAUUUGGUCCUGGUGGUACAGGGGUUGGACCAGGAGGAACUGGAGUUCGUCCUGGUGGAGUUGGUGUCCAAGAUGGAGUUCUGCCACAGACUGGUACCACUGGUGUGGGACCGGGAGGAAAGAGUGGUGGUAAAGCUUCAAAACAAGUUCCUGGCAUUGGAGUGCCUGGACUUUAUCAAGGUGGAUUUGUUCCAGGCCAAGGUUUUGGGGGCCGCGGAAUUCUUCCUGGUGUUGCCACAGGAUCUGGACUUGGACCUCAGACUGGAUCAGGAGCACUUGGUCAAAGUGGGGUAGGACCAGGAGGAACAGGCAAUGGCCGUGGACAGCAGUUACCUGGAGUUUUUCGAGGUUUCCCUUUGGUAACACCAAAAUCAGGUGCAAACAAAUCAAAAAAACUUGCAAAACCUGCAGCAAAAUACGGUGGAACAGGAACUGGAGGAGGCACACUUGGUCAAGUUGGAGCCAGUAGGCUUCCUGGAGGGGGAGUAGGAGUCACAUCUGGUGUAGGAGGCGGUGUAGGACCUGGAACUGGACCAGGAUUUGGUCCAGGUGUUGGAUAUGGACCAGGAGUUGGUCCAGGUAUUGGAACUGGGACUGGACCAGGAUUUGGUCCAGGUGUUGGCACUGGACCAGGAGCUGGUCCAGGUGUUGGAACUGGAACAGGAGUUGGUCCAGGUGUUGGGACUGGACCAGGAUUUGGUCCAGCUGUUGGAACUGGAACUGGACCAGGAUUUGGUCCUGGUGUUGGAACUGGGACCGGACCAGGAUUUGGUCCAGCUGUUGGAACUGGAACUGGACCAGGAUUUGGUCCAGGUGCAGGAACUGGAACUGGACCUGGACUUGGAACAAGUGUUGGAGCUGGGACUGGACCAGGAUUUGGUCCAGGUGUUGGAACUGGAGGGUAUGAUGCCAACGCAAAAGCCCGUAAAUAUGGCAUGUUGAGUGGGGCUCUUGGUGUUCCACAAUCAGGAACUGGAGGGGUCGGACCAGGAGGUGCUGGCACUGGUUAUGGGCCUGGAGGUGUCGGACCAGGAGGCGCUGGCACUGGUUAUGGGCCUGGAGGUGUUGGACCAGGAGGCGCUGGCACUGGAUAUGGGCCUGGAGGUGUCGGACCAGGAGGCGCUGUCACUGGAUAUGGGCCAGGAGGUGUCGGACCAGGAGGCGGUGGCACUGGAUAUGGGCCUGGAGGAGUCGGACCAGGAGGCGCUGGCUAUGGACCAGGUGGAUAUGGGCCUGGAGGUGUUGGUUCCAGCUAUGGACCUGGGGGGUAUGCAGGUGCCAAAGCGCGCAAAUAUGGUAAGACAAUCCUCUUUAGGCUAAAUUUCUGUCUCGUGAAGUGUGGCUUCAUGGCAUUUAUUUUUGAAGGUUUCCCAGGAGGUCUGGGUAGUACCCUUGGUACCGGAGGACCUGGAAGUUUAGGUGGACCUGGUUCUGGAAUUGCAGGAGGAGUAGGGAUUCCUGGAUCAGGGUUAGGGAUAGCAACUGGGAGAGGACCUGGAGCAGGACUUGGGACAGCAGGAACAGCUGACUCUGGUGUUGGAACGGCAGGUGGACCAGCAUAUCCUGGGGGGGCCAAGUCUCUGAAAUACGGAGUGCCUGGUGGUGGUGGAGCACCAGGAUUUGGACCAGGAGGAAGACUAGAUGGCCCAGGUGCUGGUGGAUAUGGCCCUGGAGCUGGAGGUGUACUCGGAACUGGGAGAGGUUAUGGACCCGGUGGAUAUGGACCUGGAGUUGGAUCGGUGGCUGGAACGGGAUAUGGUCCAGGGAGAGGUUAUGGUACAGGACCAGGAACUGGAUAUGGAACAGGCUAUGGACCUGGAUCAAAGGCUGCUAAAUAUGGUCAAGUUGGACCAGGGACUAGAGGAUCACCUACAGGUGGUACAGGACAGGGUGCUGUAGGACAACCAGGUGGAGUUCUACCUGGAAGUGGCGUGGUGAAUGGAACUGCAGGCACUGCAGGAACAACUAGACCCAGUGGAGGAGGAUUUGUAGGUGGUACACCACUGCCAGUGCCAGAAGGUGAUGCAGUGAAUGCCAGUGUAAUAGAAGGGUCUGGAAUUCCUGGAACAGAAGGAGGUACUGGUGUAUCUGGGAAACCAGUGGGAGGUGUUGGAGAUGGGUUGAAUGGAACAGGAAUUCCCAUCAUUGGAGCAAGACCAGGACUCAAUGGGACGAUUACUGGAGGUUACACAGGAGAUACCCCUGGAGGAACAAGUCUUCCCCCUAGAGCUUCUGGAGAUGGUCUUUCAGGUGGAACGCUGCUUGGAGUCAAACCUCUCAAACCUCCAGGAAUCCCCAGAGGUGAUACACCAGGCCAAGAAGAAGGAGAUGAAGUUCCUCAAGGAGAAAGAGGUGGCACUGUUGGACCGGGAGGGGUUGGAGGGACUCCUUCCACUACUAGGGUAGGAGGAGGUGUAGGAGGAACUCCAGCAACACCAAAAGCACAUGGACCUGGUGGAACUGCAGCGGGUACAGGUGUUGGUACAGGUGUCGGUACAGGUGUCGGUACAGGUGUCGGUACAGGUGUCGGUACAGGUGUCGGUGGUGUGGGUGGAGUUGGUAGUGGAGGUCCUGGUAGAGGAAGCUUGGUACCUGGAGCUGGUGGAUCUACUGGAGUAGGAGCAGGGGGUCCAAAACCUGGAAAAAGCUAUGGUGUUGGUGUGGGUGAAGCUGGAGUUUUACCUAGUGGAGGCAUACGCUACCCAACUGGAGCUGGUACAAGAUUAGGAGCAGGAAAAGCAUACAGGAAAACGGGAGCAGGAAGCCAGGGAGGAGUUGGUCCAGGUGGCUAUGGCGUUGGUCCUGGAAGCUACGGUGUAGGACCUGGAGGUUACGGGGUUGGCCCAGGUGGCUAUGGUGCUGGGCCUGGUGGAUAUGGAACUGGACCUGGUGGAUAUGGAACUGGACCUGGUGGCUCUGGAGGCAGAGGGGUUGGUGGUGGUCUUGGAGCUGCUGGGACUCUAGGAGUAGGAACUGGUUCAGAAGGUGUGGGUGCAGGUCCUGGGAGAGUUGGUGGUGGACCAGGAGGAUAUGGCACUGGUUUCACACCUGAUGGUUCUAGGUACGGCACAGGUCCAGGGACUGGAAAACCACAGAAAAGUUAUGGAGGAAGAGCUGGUGGUACUGGCAUUGGACCUGGUGGCUAUGGAGUUGGGCCAGGUGGAACUGGUCCUGGAGGGUUUGGCCCAGGUGGUUUUCUUCCCAGCAUUCCUGGCACUGGUUAUGGAACUACUGGCACAGGACCAGGCGGGAUUGGAACCAGUACUGGGGGAACAGGAUUGGGAGUUUCAGGAACAAGACCUGGAAACUUUGGACCAGGUGCUGUUGGCACAGGACCAGGUACUUAUGGACCUGGUGGAACAGGACCCAUUGCUGGUGUGUAUACACCAGGAAGUAAACAAGCGGGGAAAAGGAAACCACCAAAAUCGGGUGGCUUUGGGCGAGGCGGAACCGGGACUGGAGGCUACGGACCAGGAGGUGCUGGACCUGGAGGUGCUGGAACUGGAGGCUACGGACCAGGAGGUGCUGGAACUGGGGGGUAUGGACCAGGAGGUGCCGGAACAGGAACCGGAGGCUACGGACCAGGUGGUGCUGGACCUGGAGGCUAUGGACCAGGAGGUGCUGGAACUGGAGGCUACGGACCAGGUGGUGCUGGACCUGGAGGCUACGGACCAGGAGGUGCUGGAACAGGAACCGGAGGCUACGGACCAGGUGGUGCUGGAACUGGGGGGUAUGGACCAGGUGGUGCUGGAACUGGAGGCUUUGGACCAGGUGGCGUUGGAACAGGAACUGGUGGGUUUGGACCUGGUGGUGCUGGAACAGGAACUGGAGGGUUUGGACCUGGUGGUGCUGGAACAGGAACUGGUGGGUUUGGACCAGGAGGAACUGGAACUGGAGGCUAUGGACCAGGAAGUGCUGGACCUGGAGGCUACGGGCCAGGAGGCGCCGGAACUGGGGGCUAUGGACCUGGUGGCCAAGGAUUAGGAAAAAGGAAACCUUCGAAAUCUGGUUAUGGAGGAGGCGCUUUUGGAGCAGGAGCCUUGGGAGGGGGCACAGGUCCUGGUGGGGCUGGAGCUCGCCCAGGUGGUUAUGGACCUGGAGGAUAUGGCCCUGGUGGAAUUGGACCUGGCUCUUCUGGUUAUGGGACUGGGGGAGCUGGAACUGGUGGCCUUGGACCAGGUGGAACAGGAGGAUAUGGAGUUGGUGGCCAAGCAAGAAAGCCUUCAAAGUCGGGCUAUGGUUCAUCUUUGGGUGGAACUGGGUUGGGACCAGGUGGGGGAGUGGGAGUCUUCCCUGGCACAGCAACAGGAGGUAUAGCUGGAGGGGGCCCAGGAAGUGUAGUGGGAGGAACAGGAGGGGCAGGAGGUCCUGGUAGAACAAGCCAAGGAAUACCAGGGGCAACAGGAGGCCUCCCAGGGGGGGCUGGCACCGGAGGAGUGGUCGGUGGAACUUAUCCAGGAUAUGCAGGGACUGGACAAAAAUCCAAGCAACAGAAGGCAGCCAAAUACGCAGCCAUGCAGGCCUUACUCAGAGCUGGGGGCUACAGAGGUGUUGGCCACAGGAGGAAGUGAGAGACCAACUGACAGGAAGUGACCUCAUUGAAACAACAGUGGUGCUAUAGCUUUACCACGGAAUGUCCUACCUGCCUCAGAAACUGAGGCCUUAACUCAUUCACAUGUUACAUAUUUGUUAUCCAAACCUAUUGAAAACAGGAAUUCAUAUUGUGUUCUCAGAAAUAAAAAAAGAGACGGUUUUGUUUUCUUUAAAUAUCUCGAGAAAAGUAAGAAAUAAAUCCAAAAAAAGCUUGUUUUUUAAGCACAUCUGUGGAUGCAGACUACAGGCUGAAAGCAGCUAUCACAUCAGCUCUUCUUACCAUAUUAUAACAGGUUGUUGCUGCUGCAUUGAAUAUUAUUUGUGGAAAACUCUGGGUAAAACUCGUUGCCAAGGACUCCUUCUGGGAAGCUCCUUCAGACCUGUCUGCAUGCUGAUCUGAACUUUUCUAAACACUUAUUCUCUUUUUGUCUUCUAGUUUCAAUGUUAUCUAAGCAGUCAAUUCACUGUCUUUAUGUUUCAAAAUAAAAUGUUAAACCUUAAAAUAUUCUUUUUUUUUUUUACUUAUGGGAAAAGUAAAAAAAAAUAAACUAAGUUUCAUAUAAUUUGGUCGCUUAAUGUCUUAUCCACUAACAACAGCAUUGCUUCAGUUUUAUGUGGACUUAAUAGACUGCUGAUAUAAACCAUUAAGCGCAUCUACCUAAAGAACAUAAUUGUAGUGUAAAAUGCUGAAUCCCACCCAUCUGAGACAAGCAUGGAUUUAUUUUACAUUUGCUUGAGGCAACAUAAGGAGAAUGAGUUGUUCAACAACUUAGAUGUACUUAUUAAUAUGUUGUUUUUUUAAAUAGUUUUUGUGUACUCCAUGAACACUGUUCACAGCUUUAAGAUUAUUAAAUUAUGCAUCAGAAUUUUUAAAGACUAAUGUUACACCUUUCUGUGCAUUAGUCCUCGAGUUAGUUUUCAUGUGAAUUUUUGUGUCUUUACAUGUGAAACACGAUAAAUUAGUAGAAUUAUUUUUUUUUUCUCAUAUGUCCUGGAAUGGAUGUUGAAACGCAUUCUGAAAUGUUCUCAAAUUGUGUUUAAACUUACCCUUGUGUCUCUAUCAUUUAGCGCAAAUUGUGAAUUUAACAUUUGUGUAUGUAGAAAAUGAUGCUCUUUUGUACAUUUUAUCUGAAAUAAAGAGGUGUCAAAUAAUUUACUUUGUCAUUCAUUUAUCCCAAAGCCAAAAAAAAAAAAAAAAAGGAGUCAUGGAUGGAGGUUUAAAACCAACAUUUUCAUGUUUGGAAGCUUUUUUUAAAAAAAUUCUGAAUUGAAAAGGAGAAGGAAACAUCACAACAUCAUUUGCUUUGAGGGCUGUGAAAACCACUUUGCCUCCACAGAGAAUCAUUUGACACAAACUGGUGGCGCUAAAUGUUAUAUAUAUAAAAAACUUUAAUUCACAGGAUAUAGUAAAACUGCUGUUUGACUAAUUAGUCAAAGAGAUUAUAAGUAGUACUGAACUAUUAUUAUUGAGGUGCGCAGGACAACAUCUGAUAUCAAGACCUGCGUUUCUUCUCAUGCAUGAGAACAGGAUGUUGUAUGGUUGGAUAAGGUUGGGUGCU